AUGCUAUCUGACACAUCCCAUCGAGACGCAGCUCCCGCGGCUUUAGGCUUGUUUAGCCUUGUGGUCUGCCUACAUUUAUUCCGAUACCACCCGGGCCUAGCCAUGAAGGACCUCUUCUAUAUAAUAUUUCCUCUUUCAAUAGAGAUAUUACACCAUAUUGGAUGGUUCAAAGCAUUGAAAAAUGUUCUGACCCCUUUUGCCGGAGGUGUUGGCUGUGCCCUUCUUGCUUGGGUGUCAGUGGUAGCCUAUGUUCAGCGGAAUCUGAUCUUAUGGCCAGAAGAGGACUCAGAGAUAGAAAGGACCCUGUUAGGAAGACCUCUUCUCUUCCCAGCCCGGCUUACACAUUCACGGAUGUUUCCAGAAAAGUAUAAUUAUUGGAUCAACUAUUUCCUUGUCGGCAUUCCUGUUGGAUUGCGUGGUCGUGUUGGAUCUGUGAUUUCCAUUGACAGUGGUGAACCUGGUCCCAGCUCCCCUCCCAAAAGUUCUCUAAGAUCAUUUGUGAAUAUGAUGUUCGGAAAGCUACUUUGGUUUACAGUUGAUACAGAUCUGUAUCUUCAUCGCGGGGAUGGUCACCUAGGCUUGGGCGAGGAUCCGAGGCAAUACCCUUAUGCUUACAUUGUCAGCAUUCCUAGGUUUCUCUGGUGGACAAAAAGUCCUAUAUCGUAUUGGUAUCUUUACUCGCCCUCGAAAGAGCUGAGCGCAAUCAUCAUGGAGAUCAACAACUCGUUCGGCGAAAAGAAGAAUGCCUUUACUCGACUUACUCCAGAAGAUUCCUCCUCUUUUGAGAAAGCAAAAAGUUGCGAGGUGAUCAGUACUGCAUCAGGAACAGGGCCUAAUGGCACUCAAUCUGUUCGAUUCAUGUCUUCGGCCCCUACUGCCAAAUACUACAAGGGUAGCUGGAAAAAAGACAUUUUCGCUUCGCCUUUUGAGAAGGUCGAAGGCUCGUUUGCCCUUCGAUUUGUCGAUCCUCUUGACCCAGCACCUGACAAAGGAGGCCCGUUGCACACCAACAUGACCCUUAUCACUUCCUCUGGAAAACCCAAAAUUACAAGUCGACUCUUUUCGACAGCUCCUCCCCUUGACCCUUUAUUGGCACCAUCAUGGGAGGUGCUAAUAUUCCUCUUGAGAUGGUCUUUCACCAUACCCAUCUCUUUGGGCAGGAUUGUCGUGGAAGCCCUCCGUAUCCGCUUCAGAGGAAAUCUACCUUAUCUGAACAAACCGGAAGUGAAGCGCAAUAACAUCCCACGUAAUGCAUCAGAAGCAGAAAGUGCUUUGGAGCCCGUCUUCCAACUUUAUCUUUCCCACCUUGUCGAUGCGUGCUCAUUCCCUCUAACGAUGAUCUACAUCCCUGCCAAAUCACUACACCUCCACCCUGUAUCUAUGCGUUCCCCUAUCAAAACACCCACAUCUGCUCCACGGCCCACUCUGACGAUUCAGCCCCUUACGCCUCAGUUUUACACAAACAUCCUGAAGUACACAGAUGCUUCAUUGGGAUUUACCACUGAAAUAGAACAUUUGCCCCAGGUCUGUGAUCCGGUAUCUCAGCGCCUCUGGACUUCUGACGCGGCGCUACUCCAAAAAUUGAUUGCCUGUGCAGGUACCUUUCCCACCUCAGAGGAGGCUCGGUCCGUGUUCCCAUGGCGGCGCGAGUCGGCACCUAAAACAUUCAUGGAUAUUUUUACCGAGUCAAACCUUUCAGUUGGCAUGUGCAGGAGAUAUCGGGCAGCAAAGAUGCACUGCUAUCUAACAGAAAAUCUGGCGUGGGGUUCAUACAAAGUGGCAGCGGUGUACACCUUCUUUCUGCGUCUGGCACUCAUGUGGAUCAUUCCGAAAGGUCUGGGAUGGAUGCUGUAUGGCACUACUGCAGUAGUGAAGCCUGAGCACUUUCUGGUAGUGUCAAGCAUCAUCUUUUUAGGGGUCCGGAUGUGGGCAACGCUGAGCGACUGGAUCUAUAGUUGA